GACGGGGGAGGUGUUGGACGAGAGAACUCCAUUUCAGCGUGUCGGUUACGACAUCGUUUCUCUUGUUUCUUGUUAUACGUUCAGCCCCGGGAUUGAUGUCACCACCGAGCUGGAUAGCUGGAUUGAUAAGUUCUGCUUGGAUGCAGAUGUCUUUGUGUUGGUGGCCAACUCGGAGUCGACGCUGAUGCAGACGGAGAAACAGUUCUUCCACAAAGUCAACGCUCGCCUCUCCCGGCCGAACAUUUUCAUUUUAAACAACCGCUGGGACGCUUCGGCCUCCGAACCCGAAUACAUGGAGGAGGUUCGCCGGCAGCACAUGGAGCGUUGCACCAGCUUCCUGGUGGACGAGCUGGCGGUGGUGGAUCGUGGCCAGGCGGGCGAUCGCAUCUUUUUUGUCUCUGCGAAAGAGGUUCUGAACGCCCGCAUCCAGAAGGCUCAGGGUAUGCCCGAAGGAGGCGGGGCACUGGCCGAGGGUUUCCAAGUGAGGAUGUUUGAAUUCCAGAAUUUCGAGCGAAGGUUUGAGGCAAGUACAUC